CUCUGUUUUUCGCUUUCGUUUGUUAUUAUUUGUAGGGGCUCUAGCUACAUCGAGGGGAUCUUGAGCUGCUCUCUUGUGGGACCCGGGGAGCUUUGUUUGGCGGAGAAGCAGCGUCUCCUUGAAGCAGUGUGGCCCCUUUGGACCUGAAGUCCAUUGGGGAAAAUGGGAAUUUACCUGGAAAAUGAAACCAGAAAACUCUCACUUGGGGGGGGGGGGGGCGUUGUCUGUGGAGUGUAUUAUGCUCUUUCGGAUUUUGUCUUGCAAUCUGGUUGAAUAUGCUCAAGUCGUAGGUUGGUGCUUGCAGUGUUGUCGUGGUUGGUGCCCUGAUUUGAGGGGCGUAGAGAAGGGCAGAAAGGAUACUCAAAAGGCCGCGUGGAUUUUCCCCUCAGUUGGCAGAAUGAUCCCGAAAUUUUUUUUAAUCCAUUGAUUUUCUUCUCUGUCCCUCCCUCCCUCCUUCCCUCCCUCUUCUCCACCCUUUCUCCUCUGCUCCAACCCUCCCUCCCCCUUCCUAUCUCGCAGCCAUUCCACAGACCACCGCCCCCCCCAACCCCCAUUAGACUGGAUGUAGAGAGGGAGGGAUCUGGGAAAUCGAGGCAACUGCGGCGAUUGUUCGGCCCUUGUUUUGGCCUCUGAACUAGAGGUAUAAACUCUGGCCCUGCCGCCGACAAGAGAUCGCGCCACCGCUCUAGGCCUUUUUCCUAUCAUCCCUUCUUUGCUCUCCUUUUCUAUUAUCUUCCUACCCCCUUAACGCAGGAACACUUAAAUAUCUGGGUUCGAUGGCUUAAAUGUACUUUGUCGCCAUAAAAAGCGUCUAUAGAGCGCCCACAUAGUGCAGAUGUGUAUUUAUUCUGUUUUUCUGCAUAUACAUACAUAGACAUGUUGAUGCAAAAAUUAGAGAAUAGAUUCGUGCCAAAUAUAUAAUAACAAAAGCUAUACAGAUAAAUCACAUUAAGUUUGUGAGUGAAACAACGUUUAUUUAAAUGUAUGUGGAAACCUGUAUGCAUUUGUAUCUGUUUCAGAGAAUACUGUGCGUUCUUUUAUAGGCAUCCAUAUAUUUGGUUCAUUAUAAAAUGCUUGCACAUGGUGAUAGAAAUAUAUUACUACAAGCAAGGCCAUUCUGGUGUAGUCAGAAACUACAUUUAUUGUUAUCCUGGCUCUUCGUUUUCCUUCUAAUUUGUAAAACUUCUCUUUGGUGCAGAGCUGUUUAAAGAGAAGAAUUUCUUUACCCCCACCCCAAGAGAAUAUUAUAUUGUUAUCCGUAGAGGUGAUUUGGAUAUCAUUUUAUGUGUUGCUUUGUUCUAAUCAGGGAAUUUGAUUACAUAUGGUUUGAUUAAUAUUGCAAACAUAUAUAUAUAUAUGUGUGUGUGUGCAGGUGUGAAUUUCGCCAAAGAAUAAUUAUGAAUUUUGAUGUUUAUAUGCUUGUGCCUAUGUUUUUAUUUUUACAUUAUAGUCGUGUCAUAUUUUGAAUUAUUAUUUGUAUUAUUAUUGUAUUGUUAUAUAUAUAUAUAUAUAUAUACCCUCUAAACAGAAUAUUUGGCAUAUGGAGAGAUGCUCUCAUGUCACGAAUAGUGUGUUGUAUAGAGAUGAGUUUAUAUGUCUAAACAUACACACAGAAUAAUAUAGGGGUCUGCCCAGCUGUCCCUUGCUUAUAGAAAUACCUGUACAUAGUCUACUUCCUCAUAUACUUUCUGGAUUAUUUUCUAGCUCUGAUAAUAUUUUCUAAGGAGGAAUAGAAUUAACAAUAGGGCCCCCUCGGUCCUGGUGAACUCCAUUAUAUUGCAAACCUUUCCUUUUCUCCUGGGUCGAGGUGCAAACCCUCUCAACUGGAGACUGGGAACCAGUUGGGCAAAUAUUCCAGCUCAACUGGGAGUCCCAGCUGUCCCUUCUUGGAUAUCCCUGCUCCUUUGGAGGGUUGGCAUUGGGGAUAGUGGUAGUGGCCCUGCUACUCAAGGUGGUGUUGAUAAGGGCAGUAAAGAUUCCUCUGAAGUGGAUUUUCGGUCUGAGGUUCUCUGGCUCUUUGGCUACUGGGGCAGUUGGCAGUGUCUUUGAAUGGAAGUUGAAAUAGGCAAGAAUGGCCAGUGGAUGCAGAGGUAGCCAGUGUAUGGAAUGAAGGAAGAGAAGUCUCCUUCUUCCUCCAGAUUUGCUGCGGCAAUGGGAAGGAUUAGGGAGUUUAUGGAACUGGGCUGAAAGGCGAAUAUCUUGUUACUGCUGUGGAUACCAUUUUAAUCCCUCCAUAGGAGACUGUGCCAGGGCCAGAGCAAGAGAGGAGAGGCCGGCUGCUAGGGGAAUGGGGCCUAGGACCUAUCUCUCUCAAGAGAUUUCUAGGAUCCCAGGCUGAAAGAGAAAUGGGGGAUUGUGGACUUUGAGACCCUCCUUUGGCAGAGCACUGGGAUACUAAAAGAGCCCCUUAAGGACUAUGAGAGACUAAGGGGGAAGAGAAUUAUACAUUUUGGUUUAAAAAAAAGAAAAACCAACACAUAAAGGCGAAGUUUGGCUGUAGGGGGAGAAUUUUUCUCCCCCCAGCUUCCUGGGUAAUCCUGUUUCUCCCCCUGGCUAUCAUGUUCAAACUCGUUCCAGAAGCUCCCUUCAGUCAGGAGUUUCCUUUACACACACACACACACACACACACACAGAGAGAGAGAGAGAGAGAGAGAGAGAGAGAGAGAGAGAGAGAGAGAGAGCGAGAGAGCGCUGACUGGUUUUCAGGCCUUGCUUCUGAGGAACUCGGGGGACCCUGGCCAAGAAAGCCUCCCCUCUCCAAGGUCCCUACCCCAAUCCAGCCGACACUGAGAACUGCCUUGCCUCCCCUGCUGUUGGCAGCCGCCCCAUUUUUAUUGUGUCUGUGUUGUUUACUUGUUUGGUCUGCUGCCACCCUGUGUUAGAAACCGGCCAAACCAGCGGCUAGCUUGAGAGAACCUUUGUGCCUCGGUGACCCUCAACCCGUCAGGGCCCAGGCUGGCCCAGUUCCUCCCUUGGAGUGGGUGAGACUUCAGGCACCCUAAAAGCGGUAGCUACUUAUAGGAUUGAGGGAAUUAUUGGAACACAAUAAACCUCCGAGUAUACAGGAGGUGGAGGGGAUGGGAAGUAAACUCCCCCAUUCCCACUUUCUUUUCUCUUCCUUAGUGACGAACCCUGGAAUGGGAUCUAGUCAUUGAGAAAGUUUUAUUUCUCUACCCCCUCCCUUUCCCCCAUUUCUUUUGGCAGGAUUUUUCCCUGAGAUGCAGGUUGUUGAGUUUUAAAUCAGGGUAAUGUCGGAGGAUUCAUAAAGCUAGAUAAAGCGUAUCGUUCUCCCCUCCCUCCCCUCUUUUCCCAGCCCCCCAAAAUAGCAGUGAAUUUAAGCAAAUCCUACAAAAUUAAAUUGCCCCUUCGCUAAAGAUCCUAUAAAUCUCCAAUCUCGCCAGGUGUGGAGUCGGAGAGCUCGCUCCUCGCCUUUAAUUUUGCUCCUAGCUAUCAAAUCUAAAAGAGCAUCAUCGAAGUAAGUAAUAUUCUCGUUUCUGGAAUUAAUUUCCCCCCUUCCCCAUCUCUCUCCCCCUUUUGCCAGCGCAGAUUAAAUGGUUCUUUCAGGUCUGCAAACAAUAAAGGAUAAAAUUAUUUAUAGGGAAAUGAAGACGAUGCUUCAUUGUUGGCUUAUCGUUCCAGAACAUAAUAACAUUUUAUUUUCGAGCAGCAAAACUUAGGCCAAAAAAAAAGAAAAGAGAGAGAGAGAGAGAGAAGGGGGGAGAAUAGGAGGAGGAAGGGAGGAAGGGAGGGAACACACACACAAAACUCCCGCUGUAUAUAACUUUUACGACAUUUACAAUUUCCUCAUGACAACUCACUGUGACGUCAUAAACGCCAGGUUCUUGAAUUUUACAAUUCCCAUAAACUCUCCUGAAAUGGGCACAGGCGACACUAGGAUUUGAGGAAACUCGUGAAAGUCAUGGGGAUGCAGGGAGAAUACUGGGGUGAAGAGGAGGAGGGGAGUAGCAAGACAGAAGGGAAGUUGGCAAAGAGCAGAAUACCUAUCUCCCCCAAUUCUCUCCACAUCCCAUCGACCUUUCUCAGGUCUGGGAAUGGAAAUACUCUGUGAUUUUCCCCUUCUCUGUAGCUAGGAUGGAAAGGCCAUUCUUUCUGAUCCUACACAGCAAUUCCACUGCCUUCGAGCUACCCUCCCCCAAAGUAGGAAGCAGAGUCGCAUAAUGAGGUUUCCUAUUUGUAGAUUCAAUAUAUUGCCCCCCUUCUCCCAUGGAUAUUUAGAUGUCUUGGGCAAAGAAGAGAGGAGGAAGCAAAGCUAGUGGGAGUGAGUUGUCAUUUCCAGGACUUGGCAUUAUGAAGCAUGGACAAGUGUGUGUGUGUGUGUUUGUGUGUGUGUGAAGAAGGGAAUGAAGAUCCUCUGCUUUAUUAUAUUCUCCAACUUCAAGAACUAAAAAUGUCCAAGAAACUAGGGUUCCAGAUUUUGGAUCGGGGAAGGGAUUAGAGAGAGGGGAGAAACCUGGACAGAGAAGUUGGGGGAUGGAGUACCAACAGAGGGGAAAUUUUACAUACUAUGAGAGGUCCUUCAUUAAACACUACUCUUUAAUUGCAAAUAAAGCAAAAACAGCCCCACCACUAUUCUUUUUUUCCUCCCCUUUGCCUGAAAUAAGGAGUAAAUUAGCGAGGGCCACGGAGGUGUUUCCCGAUUUCCUGUGUAUUCUGACAGGAUCCAGAAUUCAGCGUCUUCCUUUACCCCCCUCUCCCCAUCAAGUUCCAGGAGAUCCUCACCUCACACAUGAGUGAAAUGGGGAAUUGAAUUGGAUAAUAUCAGGUGGGGAAAGGCUCCAUUUCUUAGUUAGAGAUUUCAAAGUUCGACCACUGUUUUCUCAUCUCUUAAACACUGGAAAGAAAGGAGAAUUUUGAUUCUCCAAACUGGACAUUGGCAAGCUGGAGGGUUGGAAUGCUCUCUUUUAUUCCACUCCCCCACUCUAAAACUCAAGAAAGUCCAGUAUGUGGGGAUCAGGACACAAGGUCCCACUUUUGUCCCCUUCCUGUUUGGGUCCCUGAUUUCCAGCUGCAGCUUGAAGAAUAUCUUUUCGAUCUUUCUCUGAGCGCUCGGCAGGAAUCAAAGGGGGUUGUGUACAGAACUCAGGACACAUUGGUAGGCCUUUUUCCCCAUCUCCUUUUUAAAAAAUCAAAUCAUAUUCAAGCCAACUCCCCAGGAGAGCCAAGAAUAGCAGAGCCUUCAGCAAAUAAUGAAAUGCUGAGAUGGGCCUGAGCAAUUAUUGAUCCGGGCUGUUCUCUAGAAGAGGGAUUUCAGCUCCAACCCUGUGGCACAAAAACAGACCUGGCCCGUUUCUCCUGAAGCCCUAACGGGAGCCGGUUUUGAAAUGGGGCUCAGCCCCGGGGGUUAGGAGAGGGGCACCUCCUGUUUGGCAUCAGGGAUGAAAAGCAGAGAGGCUGAGCCCCCUCAUUACUGCAGCAAGUGUCGAGAGAGACACAAUACAGUUUUGCAGACUCUGAGGCUACGGCAGGAGGCCCUCGGAGGAGGGGAGUGUGUGUGUGCGCGUCUGUCUGUCUGCCUGUGCUUAGGGAAUUUACAGUCGCAAAGAUUGUUACACGGUUUGGAGAUGGGUCGAGGAAGGCUAUAAAAUACAGGCUCCAGAGUUUAUCUUGAGAUGACUCUUGCUCCCCCUCCCACUCAACCCCCCCUUAAGCCUCAGCACCCCUUAGCUUCAGAGCUUCUGGUGGGGGUGGAGGUAACUAUUCAUUAAAAAGAGAAACCGAAGGCGAACGACUAGGGAAGUGAUACGGCUUGAACCAAGUCCGCUGCCUAAGAAUUAUCCCCUUUGGGGUGGGUGGAUCUUCUGACCCCGAAAAAACUGAUACUUGUGUCUUCUAGCCCUACUCAGGGACAGAUCUCAAUUUAAAUGGAAGCUCAACGCCGUUAACUACCUUUCUGUUGGGCAAAUCGGGGGAGAGUAGAGCGAAUUAGAGUGAGCUUGAACGCAGCCUCGGAAAGACACCCCUAACCUCCAUAACAGCCACGUUUGCCGAUCUGCAUAAAGUUCAGACUAAGGGACUUGUUCUCCAAUCUCCAGGCCCAGGCGUCUGAAGUUAGCUUCUCUCCUAUAAUUAGUGAUCAUGGAAAGCAUGUGGUUUGGGGGUUGAGAGGGGAGGGGAGGGGGAAGUGAGAGAUUUUUCUCUCUUUUCCCUUUUCUGGGGUUUUUGAACUCAGCUCAUCAAUCCGCUAAUUACCGAGGGGAGAGAGAGCCAGCUUUGAAUGUGUUCAACUCUGCACGUAUUUCCCCAGUGAACGCCUAUUUGGGAGAAGUAGGAUAGAGGGGAAAACAGGGGGGAGAAAGGGGAUCCUUUCUGGUGAAGGUUAUUUGAUAAUUUCUCCCAGUCUGGUUUGUAGCAACAAAGAGCAAAUUCCCACCCCCACCAUCGCCAAUUUCAACACCCCCCCUUGCGCCCACCCCUCUCUUUCCGGGACUUCUGCAUAUUUACAGAGCUGAGCUGCAGUUUUAAUAAAACAUCUGUUCUUGCUUCUGCUGAUGAGUUUCCAUAAUUGUUUUCAGACAAAUUUAACGGGGAAAAAUAAAUAUGGAGAGAAAAAAAUCAAAAUCCCAGCUCUCCCCCCAUUGACAGGUUUUCUUUUGCCAGAAAAUUAGAAAUGGGAUAGAGAAAAAAAGAAGAAGAAAAGAAAGAAAAAUCAGACUGGGGAGAACAUCCACUCAGGCCAAAACCUCUCCCUGUCUCGGAGUGAAUCCCUCCAGCAAAAUUCAGUGGUGUAAUUAGAGAUGUAAUUGGAAGGGGGAGACUCGGUCCCUCAGGAAGCCAAGGUGAGGGAGGUAUGAGCUUUUAAAUUAAUAUUCCUGCAAGUGUUAAGUGGUAAGGAAUUUAUUUGUAUUUAUUUUAAAAUUUCCUUCCUCUAUCUCCAUUCCAACAUUCAUGCCUCUCUCCAUAUCGCUCCCACUCCCCCCCCCCCCCAGCAGCUGCUUUCUGUUCAUUAUAAAUCCACCAGACCUUUAAGUCUUUGCCCUCUGUUUAGGGAUGUAAUAAAACACUUAACUUUCCACGACUGAGACUUACAUUCUUAUCGCUCAGGUCUUCCACCCCCGCCGGCCAGCACCUAAGGCCCAAGGAGUUCUUUUCUAUGCAGAGAUUCCCCCACACCCUCUUUCGACCUGGGCAAAAGCUAGAGAUGGGUGGGGUGGGGACUGAGCAGACCUAGGCAUCCGGGCUGGGAGGUUCACCUCGGAGCUCCCCCAGAAGCCCUUUCAAGGUUCCGAGGAUUCCCUCCCCCGCCCCCAUCCAUAAAAUGAGAAGAUUUUAAAAAAUACAUUAAAAAAUCAAGACUCAUUGAAAACGAAACCUCAUUAAGACAUCCAAUCUUAUAUCAUUCAAUUUGUUGUACAUUGCAACAAUUUAAUAUCUUGAAGGAAAUAUCAUUGACAUGAUUUAUCUCUGUUAGCAAUCACUCUCUGGAAUGGGGAAGAAUUUACUCUCUCUUCCGGCCACUUCUACUUGUUACACCCACCGCCACUCUUCAAGCAGAAGGGAGGUGGGGAGACCCACCAAGGGUGGCCUUACAUUCUAGGGGUUCAAAAAUCUGUCUUCUGCCUCUUCUCUAGUUUCCCCUCCCUCUCCACGUUCUCUCUCUCUGCCCUUUCCUACCCUACAGGAGCCUGGAGACCAAGCCAGCUGUUGCAAACCACUGCUUAGGCAUGCCAUGAAUUCGGGGGCAUCUGGAUACUAUAGAGAGGAACACAACACACGCGUGUGCUGGUGUGUUAUUAAAAAUGAGAUAACACAUGUCAAAAUUUCUUUCUUAAUUUAUAAUCCCUCUCCCACCCCCUCCUUUCUUCUCCACCUCAGUGGUGAGAAAGCAUGAAGGCCAUGAGGAAAUCCCUAAACAAUUGAAGGGUCCCCCCCCAAUCGUCUGCCUCUACUAUCUGGAAUGGGAAUGAUUUUUUUUUUAAAUAGGCAACCCAAAUUGCUUCACAGGAAGACACAUCAAUCGAGUAACAAGGUAACAUGUUAGCUAACAUGUUCUCUCCUUUAGCCACGACACACUGUCUUCUUUUUUGUUACAAACUUUAUUUUUCCCCCCUGCGAAACUCCAGGGAAACCGUAAUGUUAUAGAAGAUGAAUUAACGAGUUUUUUUUUUUCCCAGUGUAGUCCCGUUUAUGGCUUUAUUGCUACCCAUUGAUUACUUCGCUUUGUUACACAGAAGGAAAAGAUCAUAAAAUCCUUCGACAUCCGGGUUCUUGUUAUAGCCAAAAAGAGGGAGAAAAAUAUGGGCUCUUUUCCUCAACCCCCCCUCAGCCCCCCUUUUGUCAAAUCAAAGGAUCUCUGGGUUAUGUCGCUGACAAUGAAUUAAGUUUGACUUUAACAGAAGAGAAACCUCAUCACAACACCUUCUGCUAAGUAUGUUCUGCCACUACUGUUCCUUCUGCAGCCUUCGACUCCUUUCCUUCCUCUGCUAAAUGCACUAAGUUGGUUAAAAAAAAAAAAGAGGGACAGAUGGGGGAUGAAGGUUGCUGAGAGGGUACAUGGGUCCAAGUGCCACAUUCCUCUUGGUUUGAGGGAGUAUUUUCUAUUGGGUUGGGUUCCAAACCCUGGAAGCUAGAGUUUGGGUGCUUAUCUACUGACAAGCAGCAGGUCCAGAGGGGGACAUAGAGCUUCAGGUUUGGGGACGGAGAGUCCCUCAGUCCCAACAGAUCUUAUAUUCUCCAAGAACAUUAUUCCUAGCUGAUUUUCAGUGAGUUAUCCCACCAGCUCCAACCCUCUCCAUAUCAUAAAUUCUCUCCAACAUAAACACAGUUGAUGUCUCCAGAAAACCCCUCAGAGUUUCUCUCUCUCUGUUUCUCUCUCUCCCCCUCUUUAAAAAAAAAAAAUAAAAACAAGACCACAAACAACCCUAUAAACCUUGUAAACAAAAUUCUCCCCUUUAAGAAGAAUGCUUUCAAGAGUAGUCCCCAGGAGAAGCCUGGGGAAGCAGAAGAGCACAAUUCAGGUCCCCUUUACUCCAGUUCACCUCUAUAACUUCCCACUCUCUCUGUAAAGUUGAGGGCUCCCCUAGUCUCAUACGUGGGCUUUGAAUUGAUCCCCCAAAUGUACUCCACAUUCAAGAUUCUCAGGCCCAUUCUUUCUCCACUGACCACUAUAUUUAAUGGAAUUUUUUUUCCUCCUCCGAAAUGUUUUGCUCUUUAAACAGUAGAAAGACCCAUGUAUUUUGUCUGAGCUCCCACUCAGAGGGAGCCCGGAAACUAGGAGUGGGUGCCUUAUUGUUCCUCAGCCCACUGAGGGGCUCAACCCUGAGUUGGGCAGGGACAAUUUUAGGGAAAGAGAUGCGAGCAUACAUAUAACACAAUCAGAUGGAAACGCAUUGAUUCCUUCAGAUCAGCUUCUGGGCAAAUCUAAUCUGGGUUAGCAUUGGUUGUGGGAUUUUCAUGAGGGGAAUUUCUCCCUCUAUGGCUGGCUCUAGGGCCUGCUUUGCCCCUCCUCCCCUUCCUCUGUUCCCUAAACCUGGUUUCCUACACCGAUAUAUAUUAUAUCCUAAUAUAUUAUAUAUUAAAAGAAAUCCAAGUCUUACUUUGAAUGCACACACUUAGUCUCAACUAGGGAAUCAACAGAAGCAGGAGCGAUUUUUUUCCCCCUUCUUGACAUCUAGCUUCCGAUUGGCUCCGAGGGGGUCAGCUGACUUUGUCAUUUUGUCUGUCCUGGAUUGGAGCCGUCCCUAUAACCAUCUAGUUCCGAGUACAAACUGGAGACAGAAAUAAAUAUUAAAGAAAUCAUAGCCCGACCAGGUAAAGGCGAAGGGAUGAAUUCCUAUUUCACUAACCCGUCCUUAUCGUGCCAUCUCGCCGGGGGUCAGGACGUUCUCCCCAACGUCGCCCUCAAUUCCACCGCCUAUGAUCCAGUGAGACAUUUCUCGACCUAUGGAGCGGCAGUGGCACAGAACCGGAUCUACUCGUCUCCCUUUUAUUCGCCACAAGAGAAUGUCGUGUUCAGUUCGAGCCGGGGGCCGUAUGACUAUGGAUCUAAUUCCUUUUACCAGGAAAAAGACAUGCUCUCAAAUUGCAGGCAGAACACCUUAGCACACAACACACAGACCUCAAUGGCCCAGGACUUUAGCUCUGAGCAAAGCAGGACUGCUCCCCAAGACCAGAAAACCAGUAUCCAGAUCUAUCCCUGGAUGCAGCGAAUGAAUUCGCACAGUGUUUGCUUUGUGUCCGGAUCUCUAGGGGUCGGCUAUGGGGCGGAUAGGAGACGCGGCCGGCAGAUCUACUCUCGAUACCAGACCUUGGAGCUGGAAAAAGAAUUUCACUUCAACCGUUACCUAACCCGGCGCCGGCGGAUCGAGAUCGCCAAUGCGCUCUGCCUGACCGAGAGACAGAUCAAAAUUUGGUUCCAGAACCGCCGGAUGAAAUGGAAAAAGGAGUCUAAUCUCACUUCCACGCUGUCGGGGGGCGGCGGAGGGGCCGCAGCCGACAGCCUAGGCGGCAAGGAGGAGAAGCGGGAAGAGACAGAAGAAGAAAAACAGAAAGAGUGAAAACUGUCUCGCCUCCCCCUACCAACCCCCCUCACUCCCCAGUUCACUCCUCUCCUCUUCCUCCCCAGACCUUCUGCUCUCCUCCUUUCUCACGUACCCUAUAUUUAUCACUGGCACAAUUUAUAUUUUGACUCCCUCAGGAAGACUAGGGAGUCAAAUGUGGACCUUCAAGUCAGAUCUCGCCCUGCUCCUUCUUCCCAAACACCCUCCCCUUCCCUUGCCUCCCUCCCUUCCUCCUUUCCUUUCCUUUCUUCGGCCUCCUCUCCCUUUACCUCCCUGAUCCCGCCGGCCUUGGGGGCCUAGGUCUCUGAACCUCGAUUCGGACACCAAUGGGCUCACUUUGAAUGAGGACUGGAUCUUUAGCCCUCCUGCACCCCAAGCCCCACUCCAAGGCCCAGCAGCAAAGAGCCGACCCACAAGGCGCCUAUUUCCUACUCCGCAUCCCCAGGGGCCAGAGGGGCUCUAAAGGCGAGUGAGUCAUCGAGGCCUUGCCUAGCGAUACUCCUAGGGUCUUAAACAACCCAGGGGGAUGCUGGAGUGGGCAGAAAGCUUUCUCCCUCUUUCAAGCCCCGCCGGUCCCAGUUCUAAUCCCAGUACCCCAGCUCAGUCCCCCCGAAGCUCCGACAUAUUUUCCAACAUAGCCCAAUCGUAUUUAAAGAAUCCUCGGGGGUCAUUAUGGCAUAUAACAAACUGUGACAGUUUCUGUGUGAAUAUUUUUAGCUGUAUUUGUGGUCUCUGUAUUUAUAUUUAUGUUUAGCGCCGUCAAUGUUCCAAUCCCAAAUUAAAAAAAAAAAGGUGUGGGGGGACUGAAAGGAGAAAGAAAUAUGAAUGAAAUUUGUUUAGCCAGUAGGGAAAAAAAAGAGAAAAAAUACAAAAAAGAAAAAAAUGCCCCUCGUGUUACCCUCCUGUAUAAAUUCGUCUCCCAGACCGGUCCUCGAGUAUUUAAUAAAACUGAUAUUAUUUUUAAAAGUUCA